AUGGAAUCUAAGAACAGCAUUCCUUACCUUAAGAUCCUUGUCGCUGAUGACCAGGAAGGAUACUUCAAGCUUAGGAGCGAGGUCGGUAGUGAGAAGCACAGAUAUCAGAGAUUCCGUAGAGUUGAUACUUUCGAUGGAAUUUUAUCUGAGAUCAAGAAGUACUGUAUCAGAAACGAUAACGACGACUGGAAGCGCUGCUUAGUUUGUGGUAUUUGCUGGUUGUCCGGCUGCUUGGCUGUUAAUGUUAAGCAACUUUCUAUCUUAAUUCAGAAAUCAAAAUCUAAUAUAAACGGUGUAUUUUCAAAGCUUGGUUAUAUUACAGAUAACAAGCAAGCUAACCUUCGCCGUGAUUUAAUCGAAACACUCCCAAUCUUAAGGGGCAACCAUAUUGAACAGAAAUUUUGGACAAUCCGUGUCAACCCAACAAUGACACCAGCUCCAUCCAUCAAAGCCAAGUUUGAGGAGGAUUACCUUAGCGCUACACCUCAGCCAACCCAGAAUCAGGAAUUUUCAAUUCCAGGAUCAGAUGCUAUGCUUAAUUUAUUUGAUGUCCUUGAUGUUAAGAUUAAGUCAGGAAUAGAAUGCGGUCGCGACUGCGACGAUUUCGAUUUCUACUCUGAUUCAGCUUGCUGUUUCCCAGUACAGUUCUUCUAUCCACAAACAGCAACCGACACUUUCUUUUCUUUCGCUUAA